ACCUUUCAUCUGUGUGUGUGUGUUAUAGUUGCUGAAGCUCGGACACUGAGUUAGAUCAAUGUACAGUGGUCAAGCCACCUGCUAAUAGUGCACACGAGAUAUAAUUACUGUUAUCGAUUGAUGCUGAAAUACAAUUCUUGAUAUUGUUCAUUAAAACAGUGACAACCUCCGCCUGCCGCCAAAUGAUGUAUCGUGUUAUAAACAGACCUUGAAUCAUGGCCCUAUGACGGUGAAUUCUGUAAUGGUCACCUGCUCGUCAUUCAAGCCGAUAAGACACGGACCAGUAUAUAAGAACGGGUGGCAGCAUCUGUCUCUCGUCUGCUGGAUAACUGAACUACUCGGUAGUGAAGCGGAAACCUAUCAAUCAAUCAAUCAAUCUAUCUAUGUCUACUAGUCAUUGCCUUACCUCCAGUAUUUUUUUUUACUGGACAGCGAGCGAACGCGGUGACGUCACUUUGACUGAUUAGUAGGCUACCCUGGGGUGUUAGUUCAUUGGACACAGAGAUACUACGACAAUUCCGGUCUUCACUGACCACAACCACUGACUUGGAUAACCUAAUUCCGUGCCGCAACAGUGUGUGUCUGGCAGCAACCCCGGUUAGAGGAAAGUGCCACAGAUAACAGCGAUGGGAAAUCAGACGAUUUGGACGAUGCUCUUAUCAUGCACAUUGAUUCCCGUCAUAGCUAAAAUUUCUCAGAUACAUUUAAGCUUCGGCUCAACGUCUGACGUCAUGAAAGUCAUGUGGUCAACUCCAAAUGACGUCAUGUGUUACGUGGAAUACUGGGCACCUGGUAAAGAACACAUUCAUGUAAGAGCCAGCCAAUCGGAGCUGCUAGCGGACAAUCGGAAUGCUAUGAGGUUUAUACACAUGGCAGACAUGCUGGGUUUGUUGCCAGGCCAGAACCAUACAUAUAAGAUCAUUUGUGCCAGUGAGACAAGCGAUGAGUUGAUCUUUACGACACAACCCCGUGAACACGACCGACUUGUGAAGUUCAUUGUUUAUGGAGACAUGGGAUACAAAUAUGGCCAGAAAACCAUUGAGGUUCUGAAAACGGAAGUGACGUCAGAACACUAUGACGCUAUUUGGCAUGUGGGGGAUAUUUCCUACAACCUGGAGAGUGACGGAGGUGCCGUUGGUGACACUUUUAUGGAACUUAUUCAGCCAUUAGCAGCCCACAUACCCUACAUGACGUCACCUGGAAAUCACGAACUGACCAAUGGUCUCCAUCACUACCGGACUCGGUUCUCCAUGCCGGGCGUUGACUGGCCAAUGCCCCUUGACCGUCUUUGGUACAGUUAUAAUGUAGGGCCUGUCCAUUUCAUCAGCUUCUCUUCGGAGGUAUAUUUCAUUGACAACGCAAACUACGUUUGCCAGCAAUUCCAUUGGCUGUUGGACGAUUUGACGAAAGCCAAUCAGAACAGAGACAAGCAGCCGUGGAUAGUUGCUAUGGGUCAUAGGCCCAUGUACUGCUCUAACGGGGACGCAGAUGAUUGUACGGGCCGCAUAUUCGGUUAUCUCGUCAAAAACGGCCUUGAGGAUCUUUUCUAUGCACAAGGUGUGGACCUUAUACUGCAGGCUCAUGAACAUUCGUACGAACGCCUCUGGCCUGUUUACAAAAACAAAGUGGUGGCCAAAAACUACAACAACCCACAAGCUCCGGUACACAUUAUUUCCGGUGCUGCCGGAAGUGGAGAAGGAGCAGACCAUAUGGGGCGUAGAGGACCCUGGUCAGCCUUCGCAUCAGCCGAGGGCAGUAUAAACUCCUUCGGACGUCUCCUCGUGUACAAUUCCAGUCAUCUCUAUUUCGAACAAGUGAAGGUCAAAGAUGGGAGGUCAAUGGACAGUGUAUGGGUUGUCAAGUCUCUUCAUGGACCAAACGUUCCUUAUCUCAACUGCUCUAGUACGCAUGCGCACCAGUCAUGCAGGUGCCCGCCACCAUUUCAUUAUCUGACCUUGAUAAUAGUGGCUGUAGUUUUAUUUAUAGUCCUGUCCGUGGGCAUUUAUUGCUGUUGUAAGUGGAAGAAGAAAAAGAUGCCAAUCUGUUUUAAACCUUGUUGUCCGGAUCCGCACCCUUUUCAUCAACGCCUGUUCAACAUCGACAACGAGGAUGAAAUAAACGUAUGACCAACUCCCUUUGUUCACAAAUUGUUCAGAAGCAGAGUCUGAUCAAUUAGAAAUCGCCAGUGUUGCCAAUUUUAAAUCUGCCUCAAGUUUUGCUCAAGUUUUACUUAACAUGGAAACGUAAGCAAAAACUCAGCUUGAGUGUUGGUCCCAUAAGCUGGUGGGAUGUGAUUGUGGUGUCAUAUUUUGUUCUUUGAUCGAGCUAGAUUGACAACGGAACCUUUUCUGGGUGAUAUAGAAAGAUAUCCACUUAUAUAUGCAGGUUCUGUAAUGUUUGACUGAAGUAAUAAUUUUGAGCAUAUUUGUUUUUUUGGCUGAAACGUAAGGUGCUAUUUGAAUAUUUAACUAUAACAGAAGUGUCUAGAGUAGGUCCUUUUAUGACCUAAUAAUUCAUGAGAUAUUAAUCUUCUCAGGACAAUUGACCAAUAUGACAAUCAUAUCAAAGCUGUAAGUGCUUAACCACCUCUCCCAAGGAAUAUACCAUAUUUACAGUGUUAUCGUGUUAUGUUGGAAACACGGUCAGUCCAUAACUGGAUACAGCGGAACCUCGAAAUCUGAACACUAAUUAUCAGGAAAUCUUGAUUUUCCCAACCAUUCAAGCAUUCAAUUUUAGUGAUAAUAACUAACUCAGGGUUAGGCGUCAUAGUACACCCACUGUUUACCGUGCUAUACUGUUAACCAUUUAACGUUCGCGGAUAUCUAUUUGUGUGAUACUGUUCUCGUCCAACGUCUCGCUCGUGAGGAAAUUAAUCUGCCAAAGGAACAACGACAGCUUUAUGCCUCACCUUCAAGUGUGCCUAAAUAUAUUAGCGACACAUUUCAAUUCGAGAUCGACUUUCCUCACGACUUAACACAUCUCUCGCGAAAUCUAAAUGAGUAAAUGUAUAAGUUCAGACACACAUUGUUCAGUAAGCGUUUUGUAUCAUUACGUACACAUUAGUAAGCGCACUUAAUGUAUAAUUUCAGACACACAUUGUUUAGUAAGCGUUUUGUAUCAUUCCGUAAACAUUAGUAAGCGAACUUAAUGUGUAAUUUCAGGCACACACUUUUAAGUUAGCGUAUAUAUUGUAUCAUUCAGUACACACAUCGUCUGGUAGACGGAUUUUCUUUACAUGACUUUCCAUAUGUAUAAACAUAUGAAACAAAUCCGAAAAAAACCACACCUUCACUAUUAGAACGUGUCAGUUCUCCCCUACCUGACAAGUAUCAAGUGUUUCUGUGACAACUGCGAAAGUAAACGAUGAAGAGGAUCAGCAGACGACAUUGUCAUUUCACAGUUCGAAAGAAAUGUAAGAUGUUGACUCGCCCAUAUUUUGAAGCCUUACAGAAGUGCCUCAAAAAUAAAUGUUUGUAAUAGGAAAACCACUUGGUUACCUUGCAAUAUAUGAAAAAUGACUCUUUUCCAUGCCCUUUUCUUAUCACAUUUUCAUUAAAACUCUUCCUAUCACGUCUUGUUUUCUGAACAAGUACUCGAAAAUGGAACAACAGACUCGACAAUUAUUUUAGGUUUUAGACUGGACAAUUAUUUAACGCCCCAAGACUCCAGAGUAAAAAUUUACAAAGAAACACACUCGAUCUUUUACAUAUUAUUUACGGCAUCAAAAGUAUCUUAACUAAAUUAUUCUAUAUCUGUGUAUUUAAAGGACCUUAUUGAGCAAAAGUAUGAUUAUUUCAAUUUAAAUAAUAACAAGAAAAGUGCAAAGUUCCAACACUACAGGGUACGGUAAGAAGUAGCUCGGUUUCGAGGCCACACAGAUGAAGAACAGCCUGUCAAUCGACACCAUUUAUGCCGAUUCCCUGUAUAAUCUCAGGUUCUAUUUGACUUUUAUGUCGCGUUACUAAGUUUUAGCUCAAGCUGCUUUGCUGCAUGAUUCCAUUUGACUUUUAACAAGAUAUGCCAUUUUUUAAUCACGCAAGCAAAGUUUACAUCACAUCGAAUUCUAUAUGCUGUAUAUUUUAUGUUUUGGACUUGGCCCAGAGCUUCAAAGCGUAAAAUGUGAUAUCUUUAAAACUUAUUUUUAAAGUAUUUGUAUCUAAAUUUCUUUAGUAUAUCCAUUGUAUGUCUUUAAUAAGUCAGUUUUUUUAUAAAUGUAUUAGUCUUGUACUUGUAGUUUUUGCAAUUAUAGUUUAUAGAGUGAAUGGUGCAUAUUCAACAUUUUGUUUUUCUCAAUAUAUAUAAGCAAAGCUCUUUGGAUUCAAGCUUCUGUAUUAUUGGAUGAAUGUUCAGGAGAAACUGAGAUUAAGAUAUUAAGGAAGGCUAGAACGACAUUAUAUAGUUUGAAGAAUGGUUCGAUCAGAUAUAUGAAUGUUAAUUGGUGAGACGAAUUCAAGAAACAGACACUUCCGAAACGAUACGAAUUGGUAUAUCGUAAACAAUUUUAGUAAUUGAUGUUUUCUAUGCUAGUACUUAUGCUUUUUGGUUUGAGACAUUAUAAGAAUGCUUUACAGAUACUUGAGUACCGAAGUGUUGUUUCCGACACGGUUGCUUAUGCAUUCCCUAACGCUGCUUUGAGACCACAGUGCCCUCAACUAUGUACAGAUCAAAUACGUCGGUACUUGAGCUCCCUUACAUCUAUUUUGUUGUAGUAAUAUUGUCGGAAGCAACACUUUGCUACCAAAGUAUCUUCAACAGAAGUAAAUAAUGGUUUUAGUGCAAUUUAUGAAUUUCCAAUGAGCAGCGAUCCCGAGCCGAAAAGGGGACCGAUGGACAGUUUCAUCACCGAAUCAGAAGAGUUCUGCCCCGGAUGUCACUAAAGAUAUUGUGUGUGAUAAGAAGAGUGGAAUAUUUUGGUUUACAAGUUGAGUAACGAUGCAUAUUGUAAGAGCAUCCUAUGCUUAUCAUAUCAUUUAAUAUAUUUAUGAAAUAGACAACAUUUUAAAAGCUUUUUUUCUUCGAUAGGAGUGAUUAAAACAGGAUAUAAAAUUAUAUUUUGGUAUUCUUAUAGAUAUAUAUCGUAUAUUUGAAAACUUAAAGAAUCGAAUUUGAAUUUUCGACGAAAGUCGUUGCUUAUUUUACAAACGGACAGCGAAAUAAUAUUGAAUUUCUCACAACCAAGGAUCAUCGUGUGAUUAUUUGAAAUAUUUAACAGUUUAUUGUACACUAAACGGCUAUCAACAAUGUUCCUAUAGGGAGUGAACGGUCCUCAACCUUAAGUCGCAUCCCUAUCUGAGUUUGUACGUAAUUUACAUAAAACAAUGUGCCAACCGGCACUUUCGAGGUUGCAGAACUUCAAAGAAUAUGACAUGGCUUGUACAGAUAUACUGAAAACAGAAAGUAGGACCAAUAGAGAGACGAUGAGUAUAUUGUUUUCAGAAGUGUAGUCAAGAUAUUGUUUCUUUUUGUAUGUAUUUGCAGCCUUCGAUUUACAGUCCCUAACAACUUUGUUUAAUGUCUACAGUUGAAUAAUCAUUAUACAACUCUAUACUAUGAUCUUCAUGUCGCCCCAUUGGUAUAUUUUUAAAAUUUCAUUAUAUUUUUAUAUUUGCAAGAAAUAAUAAAACAUUUGAAG